AUGUCCCUGGCAUUCUGCGUGGGAAACACUAUUGCUAUAUCCAUCGCCACUGCAAAUGGCUAUGGAGAUCGCACAGAUACGGUGUUGAGGACACAGCGAGAUGCAGUAAUGAAGUCCCAAUACGCAGCGACGCUGCUCUUCAUCCUAAGCAUCUCAUUCUCCAAACUGUCCAUGACAUGCUUCAUCCAAAGUCUUAGCCCUGCAGCACGAGAUCGCAUCCUUGCUCAUGUUGUUCAGGGAUUAGUAGUGGUGACUGGAUUAAUCGCUUUUUUUGGAUCAGCUUUCCGAUGCCAUUUUCCGAGGACAUGGGAUUACAUGUGUAAAGAAUGCGUCAGCGAGACCGUCUGGACCAUAUUCAUCGCUGUCACGAAUAUGAUCUCUGAUGCCCUCAUCAUCACUCAGUCUAUACUCCUAGUCGUCAACAUCCAGGCGGCCUUCAAGAAAAAGGCCCUCUUCGCAAGCAUCUUUCUUCCUCGUAUUUUCGUCAUCACUGCAACAUUAUGCCAGCUUAUUCUCGCCCUCAAAACUCACCCGGUCACCGAUCCAUUCACCGAAACUUCUACCACCACGAUUUGUAUGGAAGUUACCCAGUCCCUGAGUAUCAUCACCGCAUGCUGGGCCCAGCUAAAACCCUUCCUCGAACGUAUCCGAUUCAAUGCAUUCAGCCUCCAAGGCACUGAAUACUCCAAAACGGUAUCCAGCAAGGCGUCGAGAACGGAACUCUCGCAGCUCAGAUCAAAGGAGUCGUAUCUUAUGUCAGUGCAGGGGUUUGUGUCUUCUUCGAUUCAGAAUUCAAAGACAAUAGCUUUGGCGGCAAAAAUGCCCGAGUGGGACUCGGGGAGUCAGUCGAACGAGGCGCGUAUCAUUCGCCAGACGAGGAUGUUUUCAGUUACUGAGGUACAUUCAGAUUCUAGUACAUAA